AUGGCCCCGAAGCGCUCAACGAAGACGGUGGUGGAGACCACCAAGCAAGUUGUGACAGAAACAGUUCAAGUCUCAUCAGUGGUUCAAAGCAAAAGGCAGAAGAAGCAGAGUGAAGACAGUGGUGAUCAAACUCGGGAGCCAGUCAAGACUAUCAAGACUAUUUCCAUUGAAACCCAAGAAGAAAGUCAAACCCAAAACGUGGAAAUCUCAGAGCCACUCAAGACUAGAAGGAUCCCCAUUCAAACAGAAGAGGAAAACCAAAUCCUAAAGGGCCAAAACACUGAAGCAAAAACCACUCUCACUUCUGAUCAGAAAGAGGCAGAAGAAGAAGAAGAAGAAGAAGAAGAAGAAGAAGGAGAAAAGAAAGAAGAUCAGGAAGAUACAGUGGAAACCAAUACAACUUCUGACGAGAAAGAAGAUGAACAGAAAAGUGAAGAGGUCAAGACCCAAGAAGGAGAAAAGGAAGAUUCCAUGGAAACCAAUACAACUUCUGAUGAGAGAGAAGAAGAAAAAACAAAGAAAGAAGAGCGCAAAAGUGACGAGGUGAAGACCCAAAAAGGAGGCAAGAAAAGUAGUGAGAAGAAGAGGAAGAGGAGAGAGAGAGGUGGAGGAGAAGAGUACAAGAUAUAUGUGCAUAGGGUUUUGAAGCAAGUGCACCCUGGCAUGGGAGUGUCGUCCAAGGGCAUGACAGUGCUAAACAAUUUGAUGAACGACAUGUUUGAGAGGCUGGCGGAUGAGGCAGCGAGGCUGACCAAGUACACGGCAAGAAAAACCUUGUCGUCUAGGGAGAUUCAGGGGGCAGUGAAGCUGGUUUUGCCUGGUGAGCUCGGGAGACAUGCCAUGGCAGAGGGGACCAAGGCUGUAUCAACCUAUGUGUCCAAUAAUAAUGGAAGACAGUCCAAGUCUUAA